UGUAUUAUAGACUGUCUAUAUAAGGACGUAGUGAGACAGUUCAGCCUGAUAAGUCCAGGGACCGUUCUGUCGAGAUGUUCACAGCUGCUCUAGUUCUUGUGUUGGCUGCGGCGGCGGCGGUUGCUGAAGGCAGUGAAGACACCUAUUAUGAACCACACAUUUCGUUCCUCAAACGCUGCCCGGAAAAUUUCACCGAUUAUGACAAGCACGCUGAUUUCUACAAAUUUGCUGCCGAGGGGUACUGGCCCGUCAUAUUAGUCCCCGACAUCCCCGAGACAGAGGGCUGGUAUUCAGCUUUCCUCCAGUACAUGCUCACCGACGAGUCCGGAGUCUACGAACGAGAGUUCAACUGUUCCACUUAUCUCGAAAUUAUGAUGAUUGUGUCAUAUUUUAUGUUACAGUUUGCUGCCGAGGGGUACUGGCCCGUCAUAUUAGUCCCCGACAUCCCCGAGACAGAGGGCUGGUAUUCAGCUUUCCUCCAGUACAUGCUCACCGACGAGUCCGGAGUCUACGAACGAGACUUCAACUAUUCGACCUGCUGCACCAGCGAAAGUUCGCUCUUCAAUAAAGCCACGUUAAAGUCUGACGAGCCCGGAGUUGUCACCAUCCAUUCCAGCUCAGGCCACAUCGCAACGGGAUAUAUAAUAAAGUUUGUGUGCAAAGAGUUUGCGUAUCUCCUAUGGUGCAGUGAAUACGGAACCUCUGAAGUCGACAACCGGUUCGUGGUGGGCUAUGAGCCUCUGGGCAGCUGCGAGUUGGGCGAUAUUCUCCACUACGACUACUCCCACUUCUCAGGCCACCUCAACUAUCUGCACCCGCCCUGCUAACCGUCUGGUGAAGAAGAGGAAGUGGUAUCAUUGUACAUAGGUAUUGGUUUGUAGUGAGUAAUAAACGUUACUUACAUGCUCA